GGAGAUAGGACGCUGCAACUUGCAGAGCAACUAAGACGCAGAAAUCCCUUAGCAGCUCUCAGCAAAGCGACUGCACUGCGUUGCCUCCUUCCAUUUCGGCACUCCCCCUUCAUCCAGAACUUUGUUUUUUUCUUGAUUACUUCCAUGGAAGACUUGACCUCCUUGAAGCAGGAAGACAAUCAAGAACCUGAGGAAGCAGAGCAGCCAUGGGAAGAAAUAACAGCAGCUUCUUCCCAAGAUCCUGUGCCUGGGCUACCUGAGCCCCUGGAGUCAGAGCAGGGGCCAGAAACUGGACUCCAGCCCGGGAGCAGCCCUCCUCAGAGCUCCCAGUCUCGAACCAGCACGCCUCUGAAUGACCUCACAGGACUAGGUGCAUCAUCUCCACCUUCCUUUCCUCAGGAACCCACUUCCACUCCUUCUACCCUGGCUCUGGCCAGACAGGACCUUUGGUCCCCAUGGAAGUCAGACAAGACCACUAGUGUGAUUCCUGAAGCUCGGACAGCUCAUUCCAACCAUUUGGAACAAUCAUCUGAUAAAGGAGAAUCAGCUCCUCAUCAAAAGUGUCAAUCAGAGGGAAACACCUUCCAACAGUCUCAGCAAACCAAACAUCACCUUCAUGAACCAAAAGAUGCGAGCCAUAACAACUCUAAACUAAAAGAGCUGAGACUUGACAUUUUUCAGGAGGAAGACUCAAACAGCAACUAUGAUCUGGAUCACCCUGAACCUGGGACCUCUGAAGUGACCCCCAACAUGCUUGAGAUUGCCAUUCAGAAUGCUAAGGCUUACCUACUAAAGACCAGUAGCAAGUCGGGCUUGAAUCUAUAUGAUCAUCUUUCUAAUAUGCUGACCAAGAUCUUAGAUGAGCGUCCUGAAAAUGCUGUGGACAUCAUUGAAAAUAUUAGCCAAGACGUGAAGAUGGCACAUUUUAGUAAAAAAUUAGAUACACUCCAAAAUGAAUAUGAGAUGCUUCCGAUAUACGAAACAGCAGAGAAGCAAAAGGCUCUUUUUCUCCAAGGAAAUUUGGAAGGAGCCGACCAAGAACUAGAAGAUGAAAUAGCAGAAAACUCUCUCCCAAAUGUAAUGGAGUCAGCUUUUUAUUUUGAACAAGCUGGAGUUGGUUUGGGCACAGAUGAGACUUAUCGCAUAUUUCUUGCCCUCAAGCAGCUUACUGACGCCCACCCAAUCCAAAGAUGCCGUUUCUGGGGCAAGAUCUUGGGUCUGGAAAUGAAUUAUAUUGUAGCUGAAGUGGAAUUCCGUGAGGGAGAAGAUGAAGAGGAGAUGGAAGAGGAAGAUGUAACCGAAGAGAGAGACAAUGGAGACAGUGAAGCUGAUGAAGAUGAUGAAGAUGAAUUACCAAAGUCCUUAUACAAGGCCCCACAGGCUAUUCCAAAAGAAGAAAGUAGAACGGGUGCCAACAAAUAUGUCUAUUUUGUUUGCAAUGAACCAGGAGGGCCGUGGGUGAAGUUGCCAUCAGUUACACCUGCACAAAUUGUUAUUGCAAGAAAAAUCAAGAAAUUUUUCACAGGGCGAUUGGAUACUCCCAUCAUAAGCUACCCACCUUUCCCAGGAAAUGAGAGCAAUUACCUGCGAGCACAAAUUGCCAGAAUUUCAGCAGGGACCCAUGUCAGCCCUCUAGGCUUCUAUCAGUUCGGUGAAGAGGAAGGAGAGGAGGAGGAAGAGGUGGAAGGCGGGAGAGAGAGCUUUGAAGAAAACCCUGACUUUGAAGGCAUUCAAGUGACUGAUCUAGUGGAAUCCCUAUCCAAUUGGGUUCAUCAUGUACAACAUAUUCUCCCUCAGGGUCGCUGUAAUUGGUUCAACCCCGUACAAAAAAAUGAAGAGGAAGAAGAAGAAGAAGACGAAGAAAAAGAAGAAGAAGAAAAAGGAGAAGAGCCUGACUACAUAGGACAGGAAGUAGGGCCUCCUCUCUUGACACCAAUCUCUGAAGAUUUAGAGAUCCAGAAUAUACCGCCUUGGACAACACGGCUAUCCUCCAACCUCAUUCCUCAAUAUGCUAUUGCUGUCCUUAGAUCCAAUCUUUGGCCUGGAGCAUAUGCCUUUUCCAAUGGCAAAAAGUUUGAAAACUUCUACAUAGGCUGGGGUCAUAAAUAUAGUCCAGACAGCUACACACCUCCAGUUCCACCACCAGUUUAUCAAGAAUAUCCCAGCGGACCAGAAAUUACAGAAAUGGAUGACCCUAGUGUGGAAGAGGAGCAGGCUUUCAGGGCUGCACAAGCAGCAGCUGAACUUGCAGCUGAGGAAAAUGAAGAAACUGAGGAAGAUGAAGAUGAGGAAGAUGAGUAUGACUAAUAAAAAUAAAAUUAGCCCAGUCUUAUGUGAGUGAUAUAUACAUACUCCUUAUGUGGGACUAAUUCUAUAAAUAUAUACAUGUAAAUUUUUAUAUAUAUAAAAUAUAUGUAUAAAGUGUAUAUAUAUAUAUAUAUAUAAAUUGGCAACCAUUCAUUUGCAAAAUGUCAUUCCUUGAAAAUUUCAAAUUUGGAAUUUCAAAUGUGGAACUACUACGAUGUACUUAUAGAAAGAUUCUCAACAGAUUUUCCAGAGGCUAAAUGACAUGUUCUUACAUCACUGUUCUGAUGGCUACAGCUAAUGGAGGAUGUGCCUCUGUAUUUUUUUUCUAGACUUAAAAAAGGUUUAAUUUCUAAUAAAACAUGGACAUUUCCAAACAUGGAAAAUAUAUAACCCACGAAAGUUUCUUGGGGACUUCAAUAUUUUUUGAGUGUCAAGGGGUACUGAGACCAAAAGUAUUGAAAUCACUAAAUUAGAGCAUGGAUUCUUAACCA